AUGCAAUUUAAUGAUGCGGCUACAACAAAGAAGAGGGAUCAAGAUGAUGUCACAAUGCCUGGAAGUUCUGUUGAGUCGCUGACGCUGGAGGAAAUUCCCGUGGAACAGGCGGAACGUCUUCGUCUCCUGCUGCGGCAGCAGGGGAUGAUGGAGACCGGCCUGAACACACACUCACUCCUUCAGAGGGUGCUGCUUCGGCCAGAGUGCGUGUUGGCCCAACAGAUGAACGCGUCUUUGGAUGACGUUUACGUACUCUACAGUCACGUCAGUGCUGCUCUUUUGCGCCGGAACAAUUCUUUUUUAUCCCCAACGCCAGUGGCUGCUGUCCUUUCUAGUCACCAUCGCCAUUUUAUCUCCACUGGACAGGAGUGCUUGGAUGGUGCCCUGAGGGGUGGUUUGGGCUGCGGAUUGAUCACGGAGAUCACAGGGGCCACCGGCGCCGGAAAGACGGCAUUCGCACUUAACCUUGCGAUGCGUGCCGCAAGUUAUCCCAAGAAGGAUGACAGGAAGUCCUGCACGCUGUGGAUUACCACAGAUGUUUCGGCGUUCCCAGCAACGGUGGCGGCGGCGGUUUUGAAGCGGCAUUUUGAAGCGCGCAGCUGCAGUGAUCAAGAGGACGGAGAAGAUCUUGAGGAUGUGCUUCGUAAUGUGGCGGUGACGGUUCAUCCUACGCUUGCGCAGCUGCGGCAGUACUUCCCAGUGUUGCGAAGCCACUUGGCAAAUCGGACAGAUGUGAGGUUUGUUGUGGUAGACAACUUCUCCGUACUGGUACGGCGCAGCUUUCCAGGAGUGGACGAAGAAUUGACGGAGCGGCACGAGGCCGUGGCAGAAUUCAUGAGCAUCCUGAAGAGCAUCGCACAGGAGUUCUGUGUGGCAAUUGUGAUCACAACGGUCUCGGGAGAGGAACUCGGCCACUCGUUUCUCCACGCCGUGAACACUCGUCUUCGUCUAACACAGUGCCUGCUGGAUUGCCGGGGUGCAUUUGCAUUUCAGGAAGAGAGCCAGGUACGGGUGACACAUGUACUGGAAUUGGUGAAAAGUUCUGCAGCUGCGGCUUGGCGUUUUGAGUGUGAAUUUGAAGGGAUGUCUUUGAAGCGAGCACGACCGCUUGGCGAUAAUGAAGUGGUACUAGUGGAAGAUGCCAAACUUUUUGGCGCGGACCCCUUUGGCCACGUGACCCUUCCAACAUUUGCCUUUUGUUGA